AUGGCCAGCAGUCCUUUGCCGGCCCCCACCGAGCUGCUUCUGACCGUCCCGUCCAACGCCUUCCCCCCAGAACCGCUGACCCAGCCGGCUCCGGCCUCUCGCGGCUCCUCGGUCCCCUCGGCGGGCGCCAUGAAGCCUAACCAGGUGGGCCAAGUGAUCCUGUACGGCAUCCCCAUCGUCUCGCUGGUGAUCGACGGGCAGGAGCGCCUGUGCCUGGCUCAGAUCUCCAACACCCUGCUCAAGAACUUCAGCUACAACGAGAUCCACAACCGUCGGGUGGCCCUGGGCAUCACCUGCGUGCAGUGCACGCCCGUCCAGCUGGAGAUCCUGCGCAGGGCCGGGGCCAUGCCCAUCUCCUCGCGCCGCUGCGGGAUGAUCACCAAGCGGGAGGCCGAGCGGCUCUGCAAGUCGUUCCUGGGCGAGAACCGGCCGCCGAAGCUCCCGGAUAACUUCGCCUUCGACGUGUCCCACGAGUGCGCCUGGGGCUGUCGGGGCAGCUUCAUCCCCGCGCGUUACAACAGCUCCCGGGCCAAAUGCAUCAAGUGCAGCUACUGCAGCCUCUACUUCUCGCCCAACAAGUUCAUCUUCCACUCCCACCGGACCCCCGACGCCAAGUACCUGCAGCCCGACGCCGCCAACUUCAACUCCUGGCGCCGCCACCUCAAGCUGACCGACAAAAGCCCGCAGGACGAGCUGGUCUUCGCCUGGGAAGACGUCAAGGCCAUGUUCAACGGGGGCAGCCGCAAGCGAGCCUUGCCUGCCUCGGCCGCGCCGUCGAGCCACCCGCGGCCGCCGCAGCCGCUGCAGCCGCCGCCGCCGCCUUCUUGCCACCCUCUGGCUUCGGUUAAGACCGGCGGGGUGGGCUUGGGAAGCGGCGGAGGCGGCUUGCUCAGCCCGCACCUCUUAGCCGGACCCCCGCCGCCUCCCCCGCCGCCGGACCUGACCCAGAAGCGGCCCCGCUUCGACGACGACAGCGAGCUCCAAGAAGCGGUGGCGGCGGCGGCUGCGGCGGCCGCGGCUAUGGCGCACGGCAAAGCCCCGCGGAACUACCCGGUCAUCCCGGUGCCCAGCAAGGGAGCCUCCUUCGGGGGCGUCCUGCAGAAGUUCCCCGCCUGCGGGGGGCUUUUCCCGCACCCUUACGGCUUCCCGGCCGCCGCCGCCGCCGCUUUCAGCCUCUGCCACAAAAAGGAAGAAAGCGACGGGCUGGGCGUCGGGGGUCAAAGCGGAUCGGGGGCUCCCAAAACGGCGUCGGGAGCCCCGUCGGCCGGAGCGGGUCUCUCCGGUCUCUUUUGGCCCGGGAGUCGCAAAGAUGCGGCGGCGGCGGCGGCGGCCGCUUUCUAUCCGCCUUUCUGUAUGUUUUGGCCUCCCCGGGCGCCGGGGGCGCUUCCAGGGUUGCCCACUUACCUGCAGCCCCCGCCGCCCCCUCCUCAACCGCCGGGCUGCUCGGCUCUGGGCGGGGAGAGCUCCAGCCUGCUCCGCCAAGCUUUCCUGGACCUGGCCGCCGAGCCCAGCGCCGAGGGGGCGGCCGCAGGGUUGGGGGCUCCUCCCGCCGCCGCCCCCCAAGCUAGCGGGGCUGCGGGCGGGGGCAGCAGCCGGGAGCCCCGCGCUUUCGAAGGCGGCGGCGAGGGCGGCGGGUCCCCCACCUCCGAGGGCGCGGUGCCCGCUGCCCACUUGCUGGACGGCCAAGCUCGGCCCAAGGGGGGCUCUGCCUACCACCACUCCAGCGCCUUCCGCCCGGUGGGCGGCAAGGAGGACUCGGAGAGCCUGGCCAAGCUCCACCAACACCAUCAGCCGUCGGGCCGGCCUUCCUCGCCGCCGCCUCCGCCGCUCCUGCUCCUGCCGACGGAUCGCGAGCCUGCCCUCCAGCCGGCCGGACCCCGGCUUCUCUCCCCCGGCGGGACCAGUUGCAGCUUCCCCAGCGAGGACAGCAGCGAGGAGGAAGAAGAGGAAGAGGAGGAAGCAGAAGAGGAAGAGCCGGAGGUGGACGUGGAGAGCCAUCGGCAGCCCGGCGAGGAAGAGGAGGAGGAGGAGGAAGAGGAGGAAGAGCAGAGGGGGGAGGAAGGAGAAGGAGGGGAGGCCGGCCACUUCCAGCAAAGCCGGGGACUGACGGACAAAGCGGGCUGCCGGGAGAGAUCGAACUCUUCCAGCGCUGCCCCGACGGGGCCCUUCCCUGGCCAGGAGAGCCCGGCUGUCCCCGAGGCCGAACAGCUGCCGCCGCCGCCGCUCCCUCCUUCUGCGACCCCCUGCCUCCCCAAAGGGCCUGGCAGCCCCACCCUCCACACAGCCCAGGAGAUCCCAACGACGCCCUACAAAGAUAUUCCGAAAAGCAAGGAAGCCCACCCCAUCAGUCUCUCUUCUUCCAAGGAAGAUAAUUUCUCAGAUAAGAACAAGGAGCACAGUUUUUUCAUCUCAGACGGUGAACAUCCAGGAGACUUCUGGAGAAACAUAGCAGGUGAUCCCAUCCAAGAACCCAGCGCACCCCAUUCUCUGAAAAAGGACAUGGAAAACAUGGGAAAAGAAGAGCUUCAGAAGGUCUUGUUUGAACAGAUCGAUUGGCGCAGGAGGCUUGAACAGGAAUUCCAAGUGCUCAAAGGAACCACGUCAUUCCCAGUUUUCAAUAAUUUUCAAGAUCAGAUGAAGCGGGAGUUGGCCUACAGAGAAGAAAUGGUUCAACAAUUACAAAUUAUCCCCUAUGCAGCAAGCUUGAUCAGGAAAGAAAAACUUGGCACACAUCUUAGCAAAAGCUAAAAGCAGGACCACAAGACCCUCUUGUAAGAUACUACUCAUCACUCUGAGUUUGGAUGUAUCUAAAGACUGAAAAUGGAAGGACUCUGGGCAUUUCAGAAAAACAAUACAGAAGAAAUAAAAAUGGCUCUUCUAAUGACAAAUGGCCUCGACUCAAAGCUUUAUGGACGACCAUAGACAUUAGAAAGUAGCAGCCAUUUAUUAAUUUAAGAACCAAAAGGGAUAUUUAAAAAACAACAACAACUGGAAAGACAUCUUGGAUAUUUUUAUUUUUAUUUUUUUUGAUGGUACCAAAGGUUGGUUCGGUGAUUUUUAGAAGGACUCUGGAAUGUGAUAGGAACUGUGGAAAGGCUGUGGCCAUCCAGACUGACCCACGGGCAUAGGAUCUCAUGGUGCUUCCGAUUCCAAUGCUAUGAAACACAUUUGGGAUGUUAGCUCUUCUCCUUCGGCAGAACGAUCCUUCUACAGAAUGAGGUCUAAACGAACAUGGGGGAAGAGUCAUCCCUGGACAUAUUGAUGGAAAUGCAUUAGCCAUAUCCGGCUCUUUCUGGAAGGAGACUGCAUUACACAAGAGCGCUCACAACUUCUCUCUUCCUUUUCCAAGUUUUCCCCUGAUACUUUGCUUGCUGUACAAAUGAAGAUGAUAAUCCUUCCGGAAAUAUUUUACAAUGUACGAUUGAGUGUAAUUAAAAAAAAAAAAAUUAUAACCACUCAGACUAAAAAAAACAAAACCAAACAAAAGGUAUUUAACUCUGUUGUAGUUUCUUUAACAUUCAUGUCGAUUAAAACAAAGUCUAUAAUAAAAACUGAAAAUUA